GUGGUAGUGGACUUCUGUUGAAAGAAGGGUGUUGUGUGCCAACUACAUAAAAAGGCUUCCUUUGGUUGGAGUUUCUUGAGAGAGAUUAAGAAAAAAACACAUAAUUUUGGUGGCCCUUAAGAGAGGGUCUACUCCAACUACAAACAUUGAACCCCUCCAUUUGGUGUAAAUAUGCUUUCUUCAAAAAUCCCUUCUUAUUCCAUUUUGCCUUAUUGCCUCCUAGCUAGCCUGUAAAGAUUACAUUCAUCAACCUUCUUCACAUAAUUAAUUUUGUGGACCUUUCUUUCUUCUUCGUUCCUUCACUUCCAUUUUCUGUACUUUGCAUAAAUUCCAAUCCACUGUUGAACCAUAUUGGAUUUUUUUUUCAGGGCCUUUUCUUUUGGCUUUUCUUCAUCAUGAAUGCCUUCUUAACAGAAAGCCUGCCAAAAAACAGAACAAGUAUUCUAACUGUAGUUAGAGCCAUUGAACUUGUGAUCAUCUCAGCUGCAAUAAUCUACUCUAUCAUAAUGUUCAAAGGGGCACAAGUUGUUUCUUUUACUUCCUCAUCAUGUGAUCUUAUGCUCUCGAGUUUGCGAAAGCCGGUGUCCAUCUUCAAGGGCUUGUUGGCAUCUCCUCUUCAAAUCAUCAUCUUCAUGAACUUCAUUGUGCUACUCAUUUUAGUUUCCUCCUCCUUCCACCACCCUGAAAUGGACAACAAUGACAAUGAAGAUGGUGAUGCAGACAGAAAUGUUCAUGAAGAAGAUUUUGAUGAUUUGCACAGUACUUUGUCACCAUCUUUAUCUCCACCUGCAGAUCCACCACCAGUGGAGAUUGAUCGCGAAAAGGCUAAAAUUACCGCGGCUGCAGCAAAAGCAGCCGCGGCGACAAUGAAAACGACAGCAACAAAAGGCGAUUCUAACCGAGGUAAAAUCACAAGUUCCUCUGCAAAAACUCUGAAGCAGCAGCAAGAUACAGUUGAGUGGACAGCUUCUGAAGUUCAUCAGCAGGCAGUUUCUUCUGAUUUUCCGAAACUGACAAGAACUAAAGAAAUCAGAAAGGAGCAAACAACAGUUGAUGGAGGGAAAAACAGAACUGCAGGGCUGCUAAAAAGGGAAACAAACAUUCCCAAAGUAACUAAACAUUACUCUUUCCAAGCUGCGGCUUUUGCUGAUUUACCCAAAUUAGCAGAGGCUAAAGAGAUUAAGAAGGCCUAUUCACUUGACUCUGCAGAACAGGUCAAGACCCUCCAAAAUCCUCAAGAAACAGCAACAACAACAAAACAUGGGCAGAAAAGCAGAAAUGAAAGCCAAAAUCAGGCCAGAAAACAGCCGGAAAACGAACAUCAUUGGGAUGAUGAAGACGAUACAAUGGAGGCGACAUGGAGGGCAAUCAGCGGAGGAACAAAACCACAGGAGAAACAACUGAAGAAAAGCGAAACAUGGCCUCAAAAGCACAAGUUUGUUCUGCCCAAUGAAGGGCAUUCAGAGGAGAUUUAUAAAAACAUGGAGGAAGAAUUGCCAGAGCCAUUAUUAUCAUCAUCAGUCUGCUCAAGUCCAGUAAAAGAGCUGAGGAAAUCAAUGACAUUCAAUGAUACGGUAACAAUCCGACGCAGGGGAGGACUAAUUAGGAAAGACCCAUCAAUGAAUCUUGAAGAAUUCAACAAAAAAGUUGAGGCAUUCAUUCAGAAUUUCAACCAUGAAAUGAGGCUUCAAAGACAAGAGUCUGAUCAGCGUUACUUAGAAAUGAUCAAACGAGGACUCUGAUAAUUAAAAAACAAAAAAAAAAAAAAAAAACAAUACUCAUUUCCUUUCUCUGUAGAGUUUCACUUUUUUUUUUUUUUUUGCCAGUUUAGUCUUGUAUGAGUCCUCUGUGAGUUAGUAAAUUGUUAAAUUUUGUAAAGAGUUCUCUGCUGAGCAUUAAUGGUGUUCUCUCUGUACAGAUUUUGACUAAGGAAACUUUAGUUCCUUGUAAAUGGGGUUGUUGAUUUCUUCUGGAAUUUGCAUAAUUUGUUAUUUGCAAGUUGGAAUUAAUCAAGGUUAUGAUCAUCGUCCCACUGUACUUUAAAGUAAAUUUUCUUGAAAUGAUUGCAGAG